AUGAAUUGACAAAAGACAAGCUUAUAUAUUUGUGUAAAUAUUUUGAUGAAUCAUGGAAGAUAGUGGUAUUGACAGUGAUCCUAAAGCUGUUAAUCAUGUUGAGGAUGAAAGACUUUUCUUGGGUAGUGACAGCAGUUGUAGCAGUAUUCAUACACAGGUUUCUCAACGGAAUACAACGAAACAGCUACAGAAGAAACUUGAGAUACGCAUCGAACAAGCAAAACGAAUCCAACGCAAUUCUGAUUACAUAAAGCUUCCAAAAUAUGAAAAUGAAAAUACAAGCAACACUAGUUCCGCCGGAUUAAUAUCAAUUCAAAGAUUGCCUAUACCACAUAAAAAUAAGGAGCAUGUUCCUCUAGUCGAAUACUGGCAUAGUGAAAGUGAAAGUGAAAAUGAAAUGACUCUUUUUCCGCCGAAAUCCAAAGAUUCCUCAAAGCAUAAACAAGAUUUGACGGACACGUUCAGCAUCGGGGAAUUAAGCGACGAAAGCGAAGAUUCUUUGAACUUGGAUCCAGCGCAACCACCACAUCCCUUCAUGCGAACUUACGUACCUUCUGGAUGUUUUGCUUGCCAUUGCCAUAUAUUGUAAUAUAAUAUAGUUUGCAUACUAGACUGAUCGUAUUUAAAUUGAUUAAUUAUUAUUUGAGUAUCAGUAUACCGUUAAAAAUAUAUUUACAUAUAUUGUACUUUUAUCAAGUUAUGUUUUCUUCAAGUUUAUUUUGAGUUGCUUAAUCAAUUUAUUGUAUCAUAUUAAAUCAUACAUUAUUUACAGAGAGCGUGAUUAAAUUAUUAAAAUUAUUUUAU